AUGCCCAAAAGCAAUGUUAGAGUUCAUGAAUCCACUAUAAUACGAAUUUUGCAAAAUAAAAAUAAAUGGCUUACCACUGAAAUUAUUAAACCUGAAAAAAAAAGAAAUAGAGCUGUUACGAUUCCGGCACUUGAGCUUACACUUAACGAAUUUAUACUAACCUAUCAACAUAGAACAAUUUUAAGUGAUGCAAUGUUAAUCGAAAAAGCUAAAUUACUUGCUAGUGAGUUGGGAGUUUCUAAAGACACUGAAGAAAGUGAAGAUGAAGUCUCGCUUGAAGAUCCGUUGCUUGAAGAACUUUCUAAAAAUAUUGAAGACCUUAAUUUUUCAAACCCUAUGCGAGUAGAAGAGUACUUGAAUAAUCCUGACGAAGAUAUUGUUUACAAAAUACCUGACGAUGAUCAAAUUAUUUCAGACCUUGUCAAAACAUUUGGAGAAAGAUCUGGCAAAAUAGAAAAUAAUCUCGAAGAAGUAGACGAUAGUGUUGAAGAAGAAAUCAUAAGUCCGAAUGACGCUUUGAAAAGCCUAGAAAAUAUACACACUUUCUUGUUUCAGCAAGAAAGUGCAAGCGAAUGUAUAAAUCUGGUUAGUGUUAUUGAAAAAUUCAUCAAUGUAAAAAAAAAAGAUUCGAUGAAGCAAUCUACGAUCAGUCGAUAUUUUAAUGAAGUAUUACAAUCGACAGAUCAAGAUGAUUGGAUGAAAAUUUUUGCUUAA